UGUGUGUGUGUGUGUGUGUGUGUGUGUGUGUGUGUGUGUGUAUGUGUCUCUGUUUGUCACUUCCUGGGAGAGAAUAGAACAGGAAGUCGGAGUGAGAACCAACAACAAGCGCUCGCCUCACCUCCACAAGGGAGCCUUUCUCCCCUCACAGCAAAAAGGAGUGUGUGUGUGUGUGUGCGUGCGCAAUACUUGUACAGCUAUCUUUGUGAGGACCAACUUGAGUUUAAAAACCCUGAGAGUGAGGACAUUUUUUUGUCAUAAUUCAAUAUAAUUCUCUGGUUCAUCAUUGCAUGUAACAAUGCAACCUUGAGUCUCUGAUAACAGUGUUUAGAAUAUUUGUCCUCAUAUUUGCUCGUAUUUUAUACACAAAAACACGUUGCCUUACACUGAAAUGCCUUUAACUACAUGUGUGUGUGUGGGGGGGAGGGGUCUUUACUUACAUAUCACUGUUAUUUUUCACAGCUUAUUAUCAUAAAACUGACAAAAUAACAGGAACAUUUGUGAAUGUCACAUGUGAUGUUGAGACUUGACUCUAUGUGUUGGCUUGCAAGGACGAUUACAGCUGACCCUGACCUUUGACCUCCCUAAACUAAGGGCGGACGAGACGAGAGCCCCCCCCCUCCCAUCCCCCUCCACAUACAGCCACAUCACCAUAGUAACCAUUUAUCAUAGGGUUGCACGGGAGCUUCUAGAUGUAAUGUCGCCCUCUUGUGCCAGUGAGCAGAAUCACAGGAUUGAGGCAGUGUUCAACCACAUGUGACAGCAUGGCAAAAUAUUGUGUGGUGGAUUUAAGUGGAUGUCGGUGUGGGGGGUCGUAUCUGUUUGGUUAGGUCAGCUGUGAGACGCUGUCCAGCCUCUUCCUCGUCCACUGAACCCCCAAAUACAGAUUGUCCAACCAUUGCAGCUGACCCCACCCUCUCACUCAUCAGCCGUUAUGGGUCAUCUCACACCCUUCAAACACCUGUAAGAGCCGCUGGGACAAAGCGGCAUUUACCGUAGCCUUGUUGUCAUGACGAUGGCCGGUUACAUAAGUGCCGGGCGCCGGUUUCCACAGAUGGAUGGCGCACGUAGGUCUUUGUGCUGUGACACGAGACACCACACUCACACACACACACCCUGCCACUGUUUGUACAUUCCUCCAGCUGGAUGUGGUCCUCUGCUCGUAUGUCACGGAGGACACGGAGCUGUGUGACAAGCCACGUGAGCCAGCGUUGACGUCUGAGAUCCGAUUAUUUUCUUCAAGCCAGUGGGGAGGAAUCGCCAGCUGGGUGGCACAAUGCAAAUAGACUCAACAAGUUCCUUAUCAUACCGGAUAAAUCUGACAUUUUUUAACGAUUUUGUCACUUAAAAAAGUGAUCUCACUGAUUUUCUUAAACUGGACAGACACUGCGAUUGUAUUAAUCUACUACAUUGCAUGAACUCGCACAACAGUCGCAGUUUUAAUCUGCCUUUCUGCCAGAGCCAGCGGCUUUUAUGCUCACAUCGUGCAGACCAACGUAAGCAUGAAACCCCUCGUUAUUAAUUGACAUUUCCCAUAAAGAUUAUUUGGACACAAUAUUGACAAAGGUGAGAAACAAAAUAUGAAGCUGCAUCCUCUGACAGCAGCCAUGAGGUAAAUCAGACAGAGGGGUCCAUUGUUUCUAUCUCGCAAAGGCUUCGUUGCUGAUUGGCGCCGGCCAAGAAAAUUAUGAUUGGUUAUGCCAAAGUAUCCCCCCCCAAUCUAUAGACUCCUUUACAUUGCAUUCGCCAUCUUUGGUGGUUAACUGGCAUUCUGUUGCCAAACUACGUGCAUACACAUACAUUGGUCGUCAUUGUUAACAGACUGUAAAAGGGUCUACAUUAGAAUGAUAAUGUACGGAAUCAGGCCUUUCCUUAGCGGUAAGGUCUGGCUAUGUGAGGCAAGCAUACCAUCAUCUAACUACUUUCCUUUGUUGGGUUACAGAUGUUGUUUUUCUGUUGUGUUUGAAAUAUGCUCUGUUCACAACUAGCACAUCCACUGCGUAGUACUGUAUUCCCCCACAAUGUGGAAGCCUCUCUUGUGGAGUUAAAACGGAAAAUAUGACGUUUAAAAAUACAGCCAGGGUUAUCUUUUUGUAUAUUAUUAUAGAAUAUUGUAUUUCCUUAUCAUCAAUGGCAGCGAGGAUAAGGCUGAGUGCCCAAACGUGGUUUAGAACAAAGUCAGCACACAUCAUUCUGCACUCACAUCAUUAUAUAAAUACAUGUGUUUGUGAUGUCUAAAAUGAGACCGCGCUUCAGUAUGUCGCUGACAACACCAGCUCUGAGCUGUCGUACGUUGUCAGCCUUGUUUGCUGUGAUGUAUGUUCCGUUUGAAUUCCUCCGUGCUGCUGGAGGCGAAUUUUCACGUGCCAGCUGUCCAUGCCGCCGUGCUGCCAUAGCAACCACAUUCAUGUUUGAGACAAAUUUACUCUGAAUAAGAAGCGCUGUCACAUUUUUCCUCCUCUGACUUGACGGCUCAUGUGCUGACAGAGGACGUACUGCAGGGAGGAUGUCGGUCUUAAGUAAAGGGUGACGACCAAUGAUGUGUGGGUUUUUGAAGCAUAGCUUUUCUUAGUGUCCCUGUUGUGGUUGAAUUUUUUUAUAUUAUCGUGUUGUACUUUAGACAAAGAAUAGGCCUUAAUAUGCACAGUAUCUGGCUGUCAUUAAUAUUAUUAUGUAGCAUUAGUAAUACCUAGAAAGAUGCACUCGGUAGAGGGCAGAUCUCUGAAUACAACCCUCAAUUGGCUAAACCCUCGUCUAGACACCAAUAGGCUUCAAGGCAUCGUAAAAGGCACUUCAUUGAAAUUCAAAAACAAGCGUCGAUGGAUGCAGGCAAUCGGAUAGAAGUCGUUGUAUAAGACACGUCAUACAAACAAAAUUAAACUCACCAAGCUCUCUUCGCGCUUUGCAGUGGCUGAGUUGUGGCGAGGUACAGCAGUGUGUGUGCUGGUAGUUCCGUUAGCUGUUAGCGAUUAGCCAAACAUACCGUCCAAAACACUAAAAGUGAGCAGCAGAGCGGCGGCCGAGAGGUACGCAGCAGAGUGUGUGUACUGCUAGUUCAGUUAGCUGUCUUUUUCAAUUUGCAACCACACCACUAAAUAGACUACACACUGUCUCUUUAAAUGCAUCUUCAUUUAAGAUAUUCUUAGUCGAGGCUUUCAACUGGAUCUCACUGUCUUCAUCGGCAAAUGACACGCGAGCGAAAGCUCCGGUCAAACCAGUAAGUGGACAUUGAUUAAUGAUAUUUUUUGUCAAUUACCUUACUUUAAGGUAAUUUACAAAGUAUUUAUUUGUUUGUCGACUUACUUAUUCACUAUUUACUUAUUUAUUUUUCCAUCAACUCUCCUUUCCUGAUUAAUCCCUUCCUUUACUUGUAUCCAAUAUAACAUUCUUGAAAUGAAACUGUUAAUGCUCUUGAACCCUUUGGAUUACUGUCAUGAUCCGUGAUGGAUUAAUUCGUCCAUAUAUUUAUUCAAAGUGGCGCAAAAAUGGUAAAAACAAAACAAAAAAAACAACUGUUUUUUAAUCCCUACUUUUCUUUUAAUGCUUUGUUUUGUUCUGCAUUCACUCCUGUCAGAAAAUAAGCGACUGUCAUCACUGUGAUAUUGGGACGAUGGUUUACACAGAUAGAAUAAUGAAGCUAUCUUCUGUCAAACAAUUAUACUUUGUACAGUUGAGUGAGGAUUCAACUGCAUGCCAUCGCCAAUAAGGUAACAGACCCGUAUUAGCCCCUUAUUCUCCUUAAGGAGCUAAUACAAUAUAUUAAAAAUACAUAGAUGGAACUAGUGACUAACUCAUCUCACCGCUGCAGCUGUGGCACCACAAAAACGUCUUCCCCCAGAAGCUGGUUUCACAUGGUGGUUUAGAUGUGUGUUCCCAUUGUCUAGCACCAUUUGAAAUCAGUGUUCUUGAGGACAGGAGGACAGCUCCGGCAGUGAGUGAGCCUCAGGAGGACAAGCGCAGGACUGUCCUUCCUCCUCCUCCUCCUCUUUCUCCUCUAAAAGAUAACUGAUUUCUUCUGGUGCAUAGAGCCCGCUGCAACCGUCUAGCACCAUUUGAAAUCGGUUAUGAAACUGUGGAUCAAUGCAUCUGUGAGUCUUCAGCAAAGCGCAGGACGAGCAGGAGAAAGUAACUACGGCCUUUUUGUUCCUGGACUCAAGCUGGAAGUGAUCCAUCAGGAGUUUGAAGGCCACUCACGGAUGUUGUUUCUAACUUCUACCAAUCAUGGAUAACAACGUGAUCUCAGCUCUAAUAAAUAUUACUUGUGUCUUCUAUUAAUAUAAUAAAUGAUGGGAGUUCAUGACCUGUGUCAUUUACACUGCCAGCAACAAGUCAAUGUUACUGCAGUUCCCGCGGACCACCACUAGAGGCUGAUCGAAGUCACAGAAUACGCCUUUAUGGUUAUUGAGCUGGUCCAUGUAAAAGAAAAGACCUUUUUAAAAUUUACAAUAAAGCACAUUUCCCCUGACAAUGCUUUGAUGUGUUUUUAUUUCCUGUAACUCAUGAAAUUUUUUACAUUAAAGCAGAUGACGGAGUCACAGUAGAGAUAGCAGAAAGAGGAGAAAAUGAACCUGACCACAAGGCUUUACAUGAGAAUAAAUGUCCCAGGGAAGAGACUGCAGGUCAGGGGGAGGAGUUAUCUGUUCAUGGUUCUUUGUAUGUUGUUGAUCUAUGAAUCGCUAUGGUGAUUAUCUAAAGGGGACGUUGUUUACUGUGACUACGACCACAAUAAUACAGUAUUAAGCAGUGCAGAAGUGCCCAAAGUCAGAGGAGAUUAGAUACUGAAGGGUGUAUUGCUGUGUUGGCAGAAACGUUGGGACCAGCCACAAGCUUAAUUCAGAGUCAGCAAGCUCAAUGAAUUUAGUGAACAAAUAAUUCGUUUUUACUUUUUAAUGUUUGAAUAUUUCUACAAGUGAAGUUCUACAGUAUGAAAAUAACAGGGAGUCUGUUUUGUAUUCUCUUUCCAAAUGGGCUCUUUCCAUCUGAUACACGUAAAUGGGUGCACAAAGCUCGCUGAAGACCAAAACCUAUAAAAUAAUGGGAAUCACGAGAAACUGUCUGAGAAGCCAAAGAGGCCAAAGACCGUCUCCGUUUGUAUUUCUCAAACUAUCAAUAAUUGUAGUUCAUCUUGAGAAGCUGAGACUUUAAGCCACUUGAUUCCACUUUCUGUAGAAUCAAAUAAGGUUGAAAGGGACAGUUUACACCCCAAAAUCCAUAUUUUCCCUCAUACCUGUAUUGCUAUUUUACAAUCUAGAUAGUUUUGGUGUGAGUUGCCUAGCCAGUGUCUCUUUCCAGAUAUUUAAGACCUGGUUACUGAAGAUAAUCCACAGACCUUGUUCUGAGUUUCAUGUUGAAACUAUGCUGAACGUUUCUAUCUGUGUUCACAGUUUGAACUGUCAGAGCCAGCACUGUCACAACCUUGACUGUUCUUUGAACCUUGUAGCCAUUUCAAAAUUCCACUCAUUCUGCUUUAAUCAACGACUGAGGACUCCAGAUCUGACUACCAAUCAUAGGUCACGCCAUGUCAGACGUGACAUGAAGUCCAACCAAAUUUUAUCUAAAAAUAUUGAAAUGAUUAACAAAUAAUUUUUACAUCAUUGCAAUGUGAUGUGAAAAUAUUAUAGAAUACAACAAUUGUAGUAUGUGUAAAGUCAAGGAAUUGCGCCACAUAGAGUGCAGUUUCUAGGUCUUUUUAGUAUUACCAGUGGUACAUCCACAAGUUUGGGGAUAACUGUUCUAGUAGGACAACCACUCUCUGUCUGACCAGCUGUAAAAUGGUAUCUGGAGACUCGAACCCGCUACAGCUUCACAUGUUCAAUGCCAAGCCAAAGUCAAAAGUCCACUGUGUUACUUUGGCUCAUGGCCUGAUAAGUAACAUGUUUUCUUUUGUUUUAUUUUAUAUGGAUAUAUAUAUAGGAAUAGAAAUAAUUGAAUCACAAAAACCCAUAGGCACUGGUGAUUAAGUAUAUAUCCUGUGACUUGCUGAUUGAAUGCUGAAGGAAAAAUGCAUUAAUACUGUGACUCUUUUGCAUUAUUAUAUUGCAUUAUAAUCACUCCAAAAUGACACGGUUGUGUUGCGUUAUCUGCCCUGAAGUUGAACUACUCUGGCCCCGCCCAUUUAAGGGUAAUAUCCUGUCAACGAGCUCAUCUGUUCUCCUCUCAUUGGUCGAUUUGUGGAUUUCCGCCAUAUUCAAAAAACAGUGACGAGCCUCUGCUAUUGUGGUAGAGUCGUAGAAUAGAUGUAUUGUUAUUAUUCUGUCUAACUAGUUGCCCCUGGUCUGUGACAUUUCAAAUGGGUGAAACCGGUGAAGCCCGAGCUCACGUUUCGACUUCAGAAAAACCAAAAAGACAGCCGAGCUCCGGGAGCCUGAAGAGGAAGGUUUCAGCUGACGAGGAAGAGUCUCUCCUCCAGAACCACAGCAGAAGUCUGAGACGGUCACUGCAAAGAGGAAGUUCCUUCACCUUCCUCACCCCAGGACCACAAUGGGACUUCGGUCUGAAGCGGAAAUGCAGGGAGAAGGAUGACGGCGACGCAGUCAGCCUCUGCAGCUUCGACUUUAAGGAACCCAGCACAAAGCGUGUCCGUCCUCUCGGCAGGGUGACGUCGCUAGCCAACCUCAUCUCUCCGGUGAAGAAUGGGGCCGUCCGGCGCUUCGGCCAAACCAUCCAGGCCUCCUUCCGGGGCGAUGGCAAGUCACCGGGCGCGCCCCAGAAGCCUUGCAGCAAGGCAGCAGCCCCCACGCCGCCCAAAAGAAGGAACAGCAUGCUGUGGUCGGAGACAUUAGACGUCCACCAGAAGGGAACUUUCUCCACCAAAGAGAUCAAGCGGCAGGAGGCCAUAUUUGAGCUGUCUCGCGGAGAGCAGGACCUGAUUGAGGACCUCCAGCUCGCACGCAAGGCGUACCAUGACCCGAUGUUGAAGCUCUCCAUUAUGUCAGAGGAGGAGCUCACUCACAUCUUCGGCAACCUGGAUACCUACAUCCCUCUGCACGAGGACCUCCUGGCGCAGCUUGCCAAAGCCACGGGGCCAGAUGGGACCGUAGGCCAGAUCGGACAGAUUGUAGUAAACUGGCUGCCUCGGCUUAACGCCUACAAGGACUACUGCAGCAACCAGCUGGCAGCCAAGGCACUGCUGGACCAGAAGAAGCAGGACCGGCGGGUGCAGGACUUCCUGCAGCGCUGCCUUGAGUCGCCCUUCAGCAGGAAGCUGGACCUGUGGAGCUUCCUGGACAUCCCGCGCUCCCGCCUAGUCAAGUACCCACUGCUGCUCAAAGAGAUACUGAGACACACUCCACCAGAGCACCCGGACGCCGCCAGUCUGGAGGAAGCGAUCACCAUCAUGCAGGGUGUGCUGUCUGACAUCAACAUGAAGAAGGGAGAGUCUGAGUGCCGGUACUACAUCGACAAGCUGGAGUAUCUGGACGACAGGCAGAGAGACCCUCUCAUUGAGCAGUGCAAGAGCCUGCUGUGUCACGGAGAGCUCCGAAACAAGAGCGGCACGAAGCUGCAUGUGUUCUUGUUCACCGAGCUGCUGGUCCUGACUCGCCCCGUCACCAGGAACGAGCGCCAGUGUUUCCAGGUCUACCGGCAGCCGAUCCCAGUGCAUGACCUUGUGUUGGAGGACCUGCAGGACGGAGAUGUCAGAAUGGGCGGCUCCUUCAGGGGCGCUUUCAGCAACGCAGACAAAGCCAAGAACAUUUUCCGCGUGCGCUCCCAAGACCCGAGCCAGGCGCAGUCCCACACGCUGCAGGUCAACGACAUCUUCCACAAGCAGCAGUGGCUCAACUGCCUCCGCAGCGCCAUUUCCGUCCACCGGCCCCUCAGCGAGCCCUCCACGCCCUCCCCGUCGGCGAAUGACGCCCGCUCCAAGCGCCGGCCGUCCUCCGUCUCCGCCAUCGUCCACAUGGAGGAAGCGGACGAGAACUGCCUGCAGCCGGCCUCUCAGUCCGCCCCCAGCUUGCCGUGCAACAGCACGACUACCAGCCCCACCACGACGUCCCCUUCCUCCCGCUCCUCCUCCUCAUCUAUAUCGACGACGACGUCAUCUUCAUCGUCGUCGCCGCUGUCCUCGUCCACAUCGCACAAAACCAAAAAGGAGAAGAAGUCCCUGUGUUCUUUAGGGAAGAGAAAAGAGACUAUGGUGUGAACUGAGGUGGAAGGAGAAAAUGGACUCCUGUUUGGACACUUUGAUUUAUUUUUGUACAUAGAUGUUGGGACUUGUAUUUAUGUGUGUAUUAUUACAGUGAUCUGUGUUACUGUCCUCUUCGGCAGCUAUUUACCUUACCCCUCCAUCCAAGUGCACCGCACAGAGACACAGUAUUCUGGAGAGACGUGCACGGCUUCCACCAGCUCUAAAAAGGGAAGCGUAAUGAGAAGCAAACACACAUUUCACACAUGGAUCUGUGUGUUGCGAGUGUGUGGAUUUCUUGAAGAUAGAGGUGGUGCAUUCAAUCCUUUACUAUUGUUUACUAUUAAUUUGAUAUUUAAGCAUUAUUUUAGACCUUUUUUGAUGGACUAAUGAAAGUUUUACAUUUUUAUAUUGUAAGAUUUAUUGUAUUUUUUUAGGUAUCAUAAAGCAGCACUGUUUUAGCUUUUAGGUGAAGUUGUUUGAAAUUUUGAGCAUUUUUAGCAGGCAAGAAAGGAGGAGAAUCCCUCUAAAGGAUGAGAUGUACUACACAAAGCUACAAAUUUCUCUGUAAAAGUCUGAUUUUUGAUUAAUCAGAAAACACGUCUUAUUUUUAUACAUUCCUUUAAUGACAGAUGUUAGGACCUGGACACUUUUUUUUUUUAAUUCACUGCAGGCAUUAAUUUAAAUCCAGUGACAAAUGAGACUUCAGUCUCUCUCUUUUUGAAAAUGAAACAUUACUAUGAGGUGUAGUGGUAGCAAAUCAUCUGAACAGAGAAGAGAGCAGGAGUUUUGUUUUGAAACAAAAUUUUGAACUGAGCCAUGUUGGUUUUUAAAAAGCUGACUUUUCAAAAUGAAACGGAUUACUUUUCAGUGUAGCAUCUUGCAUGGAGCUUUAGUUGUGGACACUGCGUGCACCAGUAGAGGCAGCAGGACAUAUUUACCUGUCCUGGGGGACAAGACAAUGAAACAUAUAAAAGACUGGUUGAUGGAAAUAAUAAAAGUCAGUGGAAGGCUGGAAGGAAAAGAGAAAAGCUGGAAAAAGAUGUUUUGGAACUGAAAUAGAUCGUCAUCGCAAUGUGUUUCACUCCAUUAACUUCCUGUAUAAGUUGAUGUGAUAUCUUGCGUAUAGAUGAUAGGUGGUAUAAAUCAAGUGAGUGUAAUGGACAGGAAAAAGUACGUAGGGGAAGGAAGAUGAAAAAGAAGGUUUUUGUACGUGUGAACAAGAUGAGAAAAAGAGAAGAAAAGAAAAGAGCAACUUGAUUGCUACGAACUAUAUGUAAUUAAAGAACAAUAAAGAUCUGUGUAAGAUUUGCAACUGAA